UUCUGUUGGACACGCCCCCUGGAUGAGAUGUCAGAUGUGACGUCACAGAUGGGGGGAAGUGCAACAGCGGUGCAGUGCUGCAGUAGGACAGCUCUGAUGGGAGAGCCUCCGAUUAGACUUCCGAGUAAAGGGCUCUGUUGGCUGUUAUACAUCAUGGAGACGUCUGCGCCCAAAAGCAAGCUGAAAAAGCUGAGUGAAGACAGUUUGACCAAACAACCAGAGGAAGUGUUUGAUGUUUUAGAGAAACUCGGUGAAGGUUCCUAUGGCAGUGUGUUCAAAGCCAUCCAUAAGGAGUCAGGCCAGGUGGUUGCCAUCAAGCAGGUUCCUGUGGAGUCUGAUCUGCAGGAGAUCAUCAAGGAGAUUUCCAUCAUGCAGCAGUGUGACAGCCCUUACGUAGUGAAGUACUAUGGCAGCUACUUCAAGAACACAGACCUGUGGAUUGUCAUGGAGUACUGUGGAGCCGGCUCUGUGUCUGACAUCAUCAGACUGCGCAACAAGACGUUGACAGAGGAGGAGAUUGCCACUAUCCUGAAGUCGACACUGAAGGGUCUUGAAUACCUUCACUUCAUGAGAAAAAUCCAUCGGGACAUCAAGGCAGGAAACAUCCUCCUCAACACUGAGGGACACGCCAAACUGGCUGACUUUGGAGUUGCUGGACAACUAACGGACACUAUGGCAAAGAGAAACACUGUGAUUGGCACUCCGUUCUGGAUGGCCCCUGAGGUGAUCCAGGAGAUCGGCUACAACUGUGUGGCUGACAUCUGGUCCCUGGGCAUCACGUCCAUAGAGAUGGCAGAGGGCAAACCUCCCUAUGCUGACAUCCAUCCCAUGAGAGCGAUCUUCAUGAUCCCCACCAACCCUCCUCCCACAUUCAGGAAGCCGGAGCUUUGGUCAGACGAAUUCACAGACUUUGUCAAGAAGUGUCUGGUCAAGAAUCCAGAGCAGAGAGCGACUGCCACACAGCUCCUACAGCACUCAUUUAUCAGCCAGGCCAAGCCGGUCUCAAUCCUGAGAGACCUAAUAACUGAGUCCAUGGAGAUGAAAGCCAAGAGGCAGCAGGAGCAGCAGAGAGAGCUGGAGGAGGAGGAUGACAACUCUGAGGAAGAGACAGAGGUGGACUCUCACACGAUGGUGAAGUCGGGUUCAGAGGGUGCAGGAACCAUGCGGGCCACCAGCACCAUGAGUGAUGGGGCACAGACCAUGAUUGAACACGGCAGCACCAUGCUGGAGUCAGACCUGGGCACCAUGGUCAUCAACAGUGAUGAUGAUGAAGAGGAGGAGGAAGACCAGGGAUCCAUGAGGAGACACGCCACCCCCCAGCAGCCAAUACGUCCGUCCUUCAUGGACUAUUUUGACAAGCAGGACUCCAACAAGGCAGCCCAGCAGCAGGAGAACUACAACCACAACCAGCCGCAGGAUCAGCCUGGCUACCACAUCCAGUCCAAAAACGUCUUCCCCGACAACUGGAAGGUUCCUCAGGAUGGAGAUUUUGACUUUCUAAAGAACCUGGACUUUGAGGAGCUGCAGCUGCGCCUCACUGCCUUGGAUCCCAUGAUGGAGCGGGAGAUUGAGGAGCUCAGGCAGCGCUACACCGCCAAAAGGCAGCCCAUCCUGGAUGCCAUGGAUGCCAAGAAAAGACGACAACAGAACUUCUGAGUGCACCUCUCUCUAGUCUCAGUUUCCCAAAGCCACCAUCACCACAAAACUUACGUCCCAUUGACUCAGAGGAACUAAGACGACCUUAUUGUCUCUGUUCGAAGCUCACUGCUGUUCUAACUGACUGCUAAACAGCCUCUAAAUGAAGUUAGAGGCUUCUUUUACAUUCAUUUUGGCUCCUGGACUCUACACUCGUCUGCCUUGUUUCUAUGCUCCAUUUUAAAUCUUAUAUUUCUACGGUUCCUGUAAAGUUGCUUUGCCAUGAAUGAUACUCAGGACUGCAGCCAAAGAGAGAACUAAGGCCUGGUUAUUAUACAUCUGAAAGUCACAAUAUGAAUUUCCCCUUUUUCCAGAUGAAACUACGUUCCGUGUCACACAAAAAAAACCUUGGGGAAUCCCCAUCAAGACAUAACAACGUCCUCUGGCAGAAGCAGCAGUAUGAUCGCAGUGUUCAAUGACGAGUGGUCUUUUUUCCUCAGACUUUUCACUUUUAUUGUAAAUAUAAUAUAGAGCCUAGUUUGGAAAUACCUGCAACAAAAAGCUGUGGAGGCUUGUCCAUGACCAAAGACAAUCAAGAUGAUGUUGAGAAUGCCUUAAAAUAUUUGAAACCUGGUUUUAAAAUGAGCAAUGAAAUAAAACAGGUGGUCGUCGGGUAGUUAAAUCUAGUUCCUCACUUGGAGAUGAGUUGGAAGUGGACUGUGAAAAGCUGCAAGAAUGGACAGAAAUGACAGAAAUCACGUGGGCGGUGAAGAACGGAUCAUGCAUGUGUUAUGGUGGACCGGAAAAAUCUAAACUUAUUUCAUUAGUCUUAAUUAUCAUUUAUUUAAUUAUGUUUUGGGGCUUCUUUUAAAUAUCCAGUGCACUCUAUAUUGUCUCCACACAUCUUGGUGGGUCAUAAUAACACACCACUGCUCUUCAUGUAUUUAAAAUCAGCUUUUACUUGAUAAAAGAUCUACUGUACUCUAAUUAAAAGCAGAGUUGACACAAAUUCAUUCCAUAGUUUCCAUUUCUAUACAAUCGAAAGCAUUCCUAAAUACUGUAUGACUUCUAUUUCAAUGUCCCUGGAGUCUUUAAAAAUCCUGCAGAUUUAUUUACACUUCAAAUUCUAAUACGACUUUCUCAAACAUUUUGUCGAUAUGCAAAGCAGUAAAAAAGACGAUAACAAAUCAGCGCUCGAUGAAGGAAACCAAGCAACCGGCACAACUAGUCAUAUAAUCUGUUUAUUCUGGCCACACAUAAUGUCUGAAUUUCAGACUCAUUUUUAAAAUGGCAUUACGAUCAAAUUUCCCUGCAGCUUAUAUCUGUUGUGUGCUGUUUUUUGUUUUCUACUGUACAGUUUUAUGAUUAUUAAUGAAGAUAUGCUGUGUGUUUUGCGACACACGCUAAUUUUUAAUCGCUAAACACGAUUUACACAAAACUGUUCAGUGCAGUGAUUGAUUGCGUUGUUCCUUAAACAAUUGAAGAAAAAUCUAAACUGUUUUUUUAUGUCAUGCGCUUAUCCUAAAAGAAAUAUAUAAAUAUUGGCUGAUAUCAAUAAUAUAAUGUCAGUUGGGCUGAACAUUUAAUUAUAAACUCUGCUACUCUUACUUCAUGAGGGGAACAAACUGUAUCCAUACUUGCUGCAUAUUAAUCAACCUUUAAAUAAUACGGUAAUCUUCAGAAUAGACCUUUUACGUUACCUAAUGUCUUAUUUGACGGAUCAUGUGGCCAAAAUGAGCAAUUUCUACCUUCUUUCAAUGAAAUCAUUAACAUUAUAUCAUGACUUGUUUUCAUAAUGGAAGUCUGCAGUGCAUUGGCAAUUUACACAAAAGCAUUCACAAUUUAUUUAUUUAAUGCGUUUAAAAAUGUCUUUUUGUUACACUGGUUAAAAUAUAGUAGCUGAUUUGUCAGGUAAUAUUUUCUGCCCAUAUAUGAGGCUUGAUUUCCACGUGUUUUAGACUAUGCAUGUUUAUAAUUAUGUUUGCUAUUUAGAAGAAUGCUUUUGUAUUAACUGCACAGGUAAAAGUACUGUUAAUAUGGAAGCUGGAUUUUCAGCUUUAACAGAAACUAUUUGCUUUGUACAAUUUUAAAAAGACCCAUUUGAAAUAUAACAUUGCGGAGAAUCUGCCAUAAUAUGUAUAAUAAUCUGAAAUCACUUGAUAUAUAUCUUAUAUGAUUUUUUUUUCAUUUAUUUCACUGUUAUUUCCACUAUAUAAAGACUUGAGGGUGUAGAGUGGAAUGUAAACAUUUAUGUUUGAGCCACCUAAUUUAUUAUCUUUUGUUUGUAAUACUUUAUUUUGAAAAAAGUGCAAGAAAUAAUAAAAGUUACUUAUAGUUAACCAUAA